UUGAUUUAAUUAAAAUAAUUGUAUAUAAGUUUAUAUAUGAAUUAAUGUAUUUAAAAUAUUUUAUAAUUAAUGUAUUUCUAGUGGUUAUCAUUGCAUUAGUAGUUUUCAAAUACUUGGGUUUUGUUUUAAAUUCAUAUGACUUAACAUAUCAUCAAAUAAGGCCAUCUUCAGUGUGGUGUUUGGGUGAUAAUCACAGUCAAAGACGCUGUCGUUUUGUGAACUUAUGCUUUAAGACCGAUACUAAUGAUUAUAUAUUCCUUACGGACGACAAACAGAGUCUUAAAUCUGGUUUACCAUUAAACAGAUUUUCUCCGACUUUGGCUGACAUGUCAUCCGUCGUAAAUCACAAUCAGUUUUAUUUUAAUUACGUUGAAAUACCAUUUGAUGUUUUGAUUGAUAACUUAACAAAAAAUUAUGAAAUUAAGACAUUAUUGGGAAAGACAUUAAUAAUGAGUCGCUUUAAAACUGAUAAUUUGAUGCAUUAUUUUCACGACGACUUAAUCCCAUUAUACGCCACUUUACAAGAGUUGGGAGGAAAGCAACAAAUAAGUGCUAUAUUUUUAGAUGAUAUCUACAAUCAACCACUUUAUAAGCCAUUCAAUAAUAAAGAUAAUUUUGAAGUAGUUUUUCCAAAAUCAAUACAAAGAAGUGAAUUAAAUAAGAAAACAAUAUAUUGUUUUGAAGAAUCAUUUAUUGGUUUACAUAAAUCUAUCACUUGGUAUGACUACGGCUUUCGUUAUCCUCAACAACCUAUAAAUAGGACGUCCAUUGAUUCGCAAUUGAUCUCAAAAACCAUUAGAAAAUUAAACAUAUCACGAAAACAAAAUCGCAAAAUACUUAAUGAAAAAGUUUUUGUUGAAUUUAUAAGUGAUUUUACAAAACUUGCUGUUAUUAUAGUCGAUGAUUUGAGUGAUAAUUUAGAGGAUAUUAUAAAGACUGUUAUGUGCGCACAGAUCUUAAUCGGAGUCCACGGAUCAGCACUUAUUUUAUCUUUAUUUUUAAGUCCCGGUUCCAGUCUUAUUGAAUUAUUUCCAUUUGCUAUUAAUCCAAAUUAUGUGAAACCUUUUAAGACAUUAACUCAAUUACAAGGAAUGCAAAUUCAUUACUUCUAUUGGAAGAAUCAUUUAAAAAAUAAUACGUUUGUUCAUAAAGAAUAUACCAAAGAAUUUGGUGGAAUUGAACACUUGACACAUGAACAACAACUUAAGAUUGAAAAUACUGAUGAAGAAGUUGGUCAACAAUUGUGUUGUAGUGAUCCUUAUUGGUUGUAUCGCAUAUAUCAGGACACAGUUGUAGACUUAACCAGUUUUACACCCAUUUUAUCCAAUGCUUUAGAAAAAUCAAUGCAACCAAUGAUUAAAAAUGAUCUCAAGAUUGAGCCCACAGUUGUGACAAAUUUAAUGUGUUUUAGGUAUCAAACAAAUGAUUUGUUUUACAUUAAAAUUAUUUGGCAAAAGCCGUGGAAUUUAAAUUACAUUAAAACAUCUCAAAAGCAAAUUAAAUAUGAGAUUAUUAUACAAGAAUUUACUUUAAAAUCAGCCAACGUUUCAGUCGUCGAUAUCAAUGAAUUCACAAUUUAUUCAAAACCUAUUCUUUCAUAUAAUAUAUGGAUUCGUUGUAAACUCGACCACAUUUACGGACCAUUUAAUAUAAAUCCGUUGAUGUGUUAA